AUGAAGUUUAUAUAUACAAUCGUUUUAAUUUGCUUAGCAUUCGCAAGUGGUGCAUCUUCCAAGCAUAAUCUCUCGCUGAGUGCUGAUAUCGAGGAAAGUGGAGGUGGUGAAGGGGAUUAUGGCGGAACUUCAACAUAUUAUACUACCUGUUAUGCCCCGGAGACUAGUACGGUGGUUAUUACAUCGUGUUCUGAAAACUCUUGCGCUACCAAGAGUCAUGAAACGGGAAUUACCGUUGUGACUACAAUUACGCUGGGAGUAUCGACAGUUUUCACCACAUAUUGUCCAUUAUCGACCGAACACCAGGUUAUAGAAAAAACUGAUUCAGCUGGUCAAGUAACAACUUCUACCGUGCCAAUUGAUACAGAUAAUCCUCAACCAACUUCGGACGAUUGUGAAAAUGAAGAUUCAGAUGAUGAAGACGAGGACGAAUGUGACACUCCUACUUCUUGCCACACUUGUGCCGAAUCUACGUCAAGUUCAGCACCUUCUGAAAUUAUAGGUUCUGUAUCUGUGAGCUCAACCAUUUCUGAAGAGGUAUCAUUGCUGAGUUCAAUACCUAGUGUUUCACUGAAAAUCGAGUCAAGUUCGAGUAUAAAGGAUACUUCUGUUACCUCAACAUCAGAAUCUACGGAAUACACUACGAUUUAUGCUCCUACAACAUCAACUAUUACCAUAACUUCCUGUGAUGGGGGUUCCUGUCACACAUCUACUGUACCAACUGGAAUUACCAUAGUUACUGUUACUGACGAAACACAAGUUACUACGUAUACUACGUACUGUCCAACAACAGAAGUUGUACCAAUUACUCCCACUUCUUCGUCACCUGAAGUACCAUCUUCCAAAGCACUGUCGUCUCCUGGAAAACUGUCCUCUAAGGAACAAUUUUCAUCCAGCGCAACACUGUCGUCCCUUCAAUCUUCGUCGUCUUCCGAGAUAUUGACAUAUUCCAAAGUGGUUUCGUCUAAAGUGUCGUCUGUACAAUCUAGUUCCACCCAUCCUAGUUCAAGUAUCAAGUCAAGUUCUGAAGAAAGUCUGAAAUUGUCAUCAAGUGUCUCACUGGAAAUCGAGUCAAGUUCGAGUAUAAAGGAUACUUCUGUUACCUCAACAUCAGAAUCUACGGAAUACACUACGAUUUAUGCCCCUACAACAUCAACUAUUACCAUAACUUCCUGUGAUGGAGGUUCCUGUCACACAUCUACUGUACCAACUGGAAUUACCAUAGUUACUGUUACUGACGAAACACAAGUUACUACGUAUACUACGUACUGUCCAACAACAGAAGUUGUACCAAUUACUCCCACUUCUUCGUCACCUGAAGUACCAUCUUCCAAAGCACUGUCGUCUCCUGGAAAACUGUCCUCUAAGGAACAAUUUUCAUCCAGCGCAACACUGUCGUCCCUUCAAUCUUCGUCGUCUUCCGAGAUAUUGACAUAUUCCAAAGUGGUUUCGUCUAAAGUGUCGUCUGUACAAUCUAGUUCCACCCAUCCUAGUUCAAGUAUCAAGUCAAGUUCUGAAGAAAGUCUGAAAUUGUCAUCAAGUGUCUCACUGGAAAUCGAGUCAAGUUCGAGUAUAAAGGAUACUUCUGUUACCUCAACAUCAGAAUCUACGGAAUACACUACGAUUUAUGCCCCUACAACAUCAACUAUUACCAUAACUUCCUGUGAUGGGGGUUCCUGUCACACAUCUACUGUACCAACUGGAAUUACCAUAGUUACUGUUACUGACGAAACACAAGUUACUACGUAUACUACGUACUGUCCAACAACAGAAGUUGUACCAAUUACUCCCACUUCUUCGUCACCUGAAGUACCAUCUUCCAAAGCACUGUCGUCUCCUGGAAAACUGUCCUCUAAGGAACAAUUUUCAUCCAGCGCAACACUGUCGUCCCUUCAAUCUUCGUCGUCUUCCGAGAUAUUGACAUAUUCCAAAGUGGUUUCGUCUAAAGUGUCGUCUGUACAAUCUAGUUCCACCCAUCCUAGUUCAAGUAUCAAGUCAAGUUCUGAAGAAAGUCUGAAAUUGUCAUCAAGUGUCUCACUGGAAAUCGAGUCAAGUUCGAGUAUAAAGGAUACUUCUGUUACCUCAACAUCAGAAUCUACGGAAUACACUACGAUUUAUGCCCCUACAACAUCAACUAUUACCAUAACUUCCUGUGAUGGAGGUUCCUGUCACACAUCUACUGUACCAACUGGAAUUACCAUAGUUACUGUUACUGACGAAACACAAGUUACUACGUAUACUACGUACUGUCCAACAACAGAAGUUGUACCAAUUACUCCCACUUCUUCGUCACCUGAAGUAUCAUCUUCCAAAGCACUGUCGUCUUCUAUAGAAAAAUCUUCUUCUGAAGCAAAGCCAUCAAGCAAAAUAUUUUCGUCUUCCCAAGAACCGACAUCUUCAUCUUCCAAGUCGUCUUCUGAAGCAGUGUCAUCGAAAGUAUCGUCUGUACAGCCUUCUUCUACUACUGAGCAUAAGAGUGCAUCUACAUCUGAUCAAAUAUCAAGCAUUUCUACGCCAGCCAAAUCUAGUUCCGAAGAAAGUAUGAGAUCUUCAUCAAGUUUCUCACUGAAAAUCGAGUCAAGUUCGAGUAUAAAGGAUACUUCUGUUACCUCAACAUCAGAAUCUACGGAAUACACUACGAUUUAUGCUCCUACAACAUCAACUAUUACCAUAACUUCCUGUGAUGGGGGUUCCUGUCACACAUCUACUGUACCAACUGGAAUUACCAUAGUUACUGUUACUGACGAAACACAAGUUACUACGUAUACUACGUACUGUCCAACAACAGAAGUUGUACCAAUUACUCCCACUUCUUCGUCACCUGAAGUAUCAUCUUCCAAAGCACUGUCGUCUUCUAUAGAAAUAUCUUCUUCUGAAGCAAAGUCAUCAAGCAAAUUCCUAUCAUCUUCUCGCGUGCUGACAUCCUCCAAAAUUUCUUCGAUAGAAUCAUCACAUAUGACUAGACAAACCAGUUCGUCUAAGAUUCAUCAUAGUUCAAGUACAUUUGUCUCUAGUUACAAAUCUAGUUCCGAAGAAAAACUGAAGUCUUCAUCAAGUGUCUCACUGAAACCCAAAUCUAGUUCGAGCGUCAAAGAUACUUCUGUUACUUCAACAGAGUCCACCGAUUAUACAACGAUCUAUGCUCCUACAACAUCAACAAUUACUAUAACUUCCUGCGACGGAGAUUCCUGUCACACCUCAACUGUACCAACCGGAAUUACUAUAGUUACAAAAACUGACGAAACACAGGUUACUACGUAUACGACUUAUUGCCCAACCACAGAAGUUGUACCUGUUACGACACCUUCCUCUUCUGUGGAUCUUAUUUCGCUGUCUGAAUCCCCAAGUGUUGCUUCGACGAAACAUUCAAGUGAUUCAAUCAUCACAAGUUCCUAUCUUUCUUCGGAAAGCUAUAGCACCACACUUUCAAAAUCUACUGAAACCACUGAAAGCUCCAAGUCUUCGUUGACCUCAUCAAAACCCUCCAAAACUAAGGAUAGGUCAUCUAGUAUUAAAAGCACUAGUAUAACAAUUCCCUCGAGCCUGACACCAGCGAGUACCACUAUUCACGUACCUACAACAUCUACUAUAACAAUGACAUCUUGCGACGAAAAUGAAUGUACUACCUCAGAAAUUGAGACCGGUAUCACUAUUGUAACUACCACUAACAAAUCGGGAACCACCAGCUAUACAACAUACUGUCCCUUGACUACGGAAUCCAAUGCGGAACUGUCAACAGUAGAAUCGAGCUGGGAUCAGUCCUCUACUGAAUCGUCAUUCUAUACUGAAUCUAUAUCUGAGACUCCAAAACCUCACUCAAGUUAUGAAGCUUCCGAAACUAUUACUACUAGUCCCCAAUUAUCUUCUGUUGAAUACACUUCAGUUCAAGAAACUUCAAUUUCUUCUGAUACCGAAUCAGAAACCGAAGAUCAUAUAGGAUCAGUAUCAACAUCCAGUACUAACACCAAAGAUAUCACGAUUACAUUGACGAAAGAAAUUACUUCCACAUCAUGUGCUGACCAACAACACUGUUCAACUACAGUAUUAUCUACAGUUGUGACCUCAACCUCCUCCUUCAUAUUGCCUUCAUCAACUCUUAACUCUUACUCUCUCCCUUCGUCUAUUGCAAUCGAAUCAAGCUAUGAGGGUUUGGCUUGGAGUGGAAAACCAAUAUCUACUUUCAAUGCAAUAGUACCACUCAUAUUUACCUUUUUGUCUUUAUUCUAG